CUUUGCCUCUCCCUGCGAGAAAUCGAUGAGACGCAGGGCCAAGCCGAAGCGAUGGCAGCCUAUCCGGAGAGCUGCGUGGACGCCACCGUGCUGGACUUCGUCGCAGACCUGUCUCUGGCCUCCCCGAGACACCCUCUCCUCUGCGACUUGGCACCCGGGGUCCCCUUUGGGAACCGAGCCCUUGCGCUCAGAAAGGGCAGACCCGGGAGGCUGGCGCGGUGUGAGGAGGGGGACCCAGAAGAAGAGGACGGCGAAAUAGAGGGAGGGGACGAGGAGGAGGGGGAAGAGGAGCGCGGAAAAGGCGUCUCCCUCCUAGGCCGCCCCAAGAGGAAAAGGGUGAUCACCCACGCCCAGCGCCAGGCCGCCAACAUCCGCGAGAGGAAGAGGAUGUUUAACCUCAACGAGGCCUUCGACCAGCUGCGGAGGAAGGUGCCCACUUUUGCUUACGAGAAGAGGCUGUCCCGGAUCGAGACCCUACGCCUGGCCAUCGUCUACAUCUCCUUCAUGACGGAGCUCUUGGAGAGCUGCGAGAAGAAGGAAACCGGCUGAGCCCGGGUGGGAUGGGGGUCCCCCUGCUCGCCUUGGCGCUCCAGGGCUGGGGUGUCUCGGGACCGGGCAGUGGGUGCG